GGCUACCUACAUUCAACACAGAGAAGAGAUACGACCCCUGCGUCUGUAUGUUAAAGCGACGAAAGAAAAAGUUCCUGGAGAUGAAGUGUGAUGGACACGGCCCUCCCUUACAGAGAGAGAGCCCCCUCGCCCUCUCUCCUGGCACCAUGCCGCCUCAAGGCAGGGAAUCAAGGAACGUGGGCGCUUCGGCUGCUGACAGAACCCCUGCCCACGAGCGACUGUCGGGAAUUCAAUGCUGGUCUAGUGGAGCUGCGGCACCCAGGGCCAACCGUGUUUGCAGGAGGCCCAAAAUCGAAGGAAAAAGCUUCCGAGAAGCAGGAGACGAUGGUAACAGGCUUGUUGGCUGUCAACACACACACACACGCAGACACAGACGCGCCUUGCCUGAAAUACGAAGACGGCCAAAGCCAACACCAACUGCUGCAGCAAGUGCGCGCUUCUAAUUGGCUGCUGCCAUCCUUGCGCCUUUACACCUUACACCUUUUCCACCUUAACCCUCCUCUGAACUCCACUCCCUUGCCUGUGUCUACUAAAUAUCUCUACUGUCCGAGUCCUCUUCCUUAACACCACCUCCAUGUCAGCAUCCAUCGUCUACAAACCACCAACAAGCCAACAGCGUCAAUCCUUCAUGUCGUCUGCCUUGCAGUACAGACAUUUAAUCUACUUGCUCGCUAACGUUUGAUAAUACUCCCGUACUCAUCAUCACUCUCAUCAUGACCAUCAUCAUUAGACAUACAAAUUUCCUGUCCGUCACU